AUGGGACGGGAGGGUGAUGCUGGUGCUUACUUGAGGGAAAUGGAUACACCGUCUUUAAUCUCUGCGGCCGCGGCUUUCACAAUAUCUGGGGUUAGAAAGUUUAGGGUGCCUAUUUUGUCUUUUUGUCCGUUGUGGUCGAAUAUGCCCCAUGUGCAGCCUUGGGGCAUGCCUUGGACGGGGGGGAGGUCGUCGAAGUCGGGGACGGAGAGGGGAUCCACGGGCAUUUUGGCUGAUAUUUCUGAUUUGAUGUUGAAUGUGUAUUGCUUUUGUGGUGGAAGUUUGUGA